CUCAGUGCAUCAGCACCAUGGUCAACUGCUGUUGUGGUUCCGUCUGCUCUGACCUGAGCUGUGGCCAAGGCCUCUGUCAAGAGACUUGUUGUGGUCAAGACUUCUGUCAAGAGACCUGUUGUGUUCCCAGCUGCUGCUUCCAAACCACCUGCUGCCGCCCCAGUUCCUGUAUGUCCAGCUGCUGCAGAACAACCAGCUGCAGACCAACGUGUUGCCAGUCUGUUUGCUGCCAACCAACCUGCUGCCACCCUUCCUGCUGCCAGUCUAGUUGCUGUCGCCCCACCUGUUGCCAAAUCACUUGUUGCCGCACAACUUGCUGCCGUCCCAGCUGCUCUGUGGCUAGCUGCUGCCAGCCCUGCUGCCGCCCCGCCUGUUGUCGUCCAGCCUGCUGCCAGACCACGUGCUGCAGCCCCAGUUGCUGUCGCCCAACCUGCUGCCGCCCAACCUGCUGUCAGACCACUUGCUGUAGAACUACCUGCUUCCACCCAGCCUGUUCAGCAAGAGGACCCACAGCAGCUGGGGUGGCAGCAGGGCUGGCAGCAGCUGGACACACAGCAAAUGGGGUGGCAGCAGGGCUGGCAGCAGCUGGGGUGGCAGCAGGUUGGUUGGCAGCAAGCAGACGGGCAGCACCUUGGUCUGCAACAACUUGGCUGGCAGCAGCUGGACCCACAGCAGCUGGGGCGGCAGCAGGUGGACACAAUGCAGGUGGGUCUGUAACAGUUGGUCCUGCAGCAGGUGCUCUGGUAGCAGGGAGGCCGGAAGCAGCAGCCAAUCCGGCAGCAGCAGGGGGCACAGCAGCCAGAGCCACAGCUCUGUCCAGAGCAGGUGGAGCCACAACAGGAGCUGACCAUGGUGUUCAUGGGCCUGCAGCAAGUAGGCUGGCAACAUUUGGACCCACAGCAGCUGGGGUGGCAGCAGCUGGACCCACAGCAGCUGGGGCGGCAGCAGCUGAGGAGGCAGCAGCUGGACCCAUAGCAGUUGGGGCGGCAGCAGGGCUGGUAGCAGCUGGGGGCACAGCAGCCAGAGCCACAGCUCAGGUCACAGCAGGUGAAGCCACAACAGGAGCUGACCAUGGUGUUGAAUUCAAGUACCUCACUCAACUUGAAAGAAACCCAGAAGCUCAACCCACCAGCACCAUGGUCAAUUCCUGCUGUGGCUCCACCUGCUCUGGCCAGAGCUGUGGCUCCGGCUACUGCCGCCCCAGCUGCUGCCAGCCCUGCUGCCGCCCCAGCUUCUGUAUUACUAGCUGUUGCCAGCCCUGCUGCCGCCCAACCUGCUAUGCGUCCAGCUGCUGCCGCCCAACCUGCUGUGGGUCCAGCUGCUGCCGCCCCAGCUGCUGUAUUUCUAGCUGCUGCCGCCCCAGCUUCUGUCGCCCCAGAAGCUAUGUGUCCAGCUGCUGCCGGCCCUGCUGCCGUCCCACCUGCUGCCAGACCACCUGCUGCAGAACCACCUGCUGCCGCCCCAGCUGCUGUGUGUCCAGCUGCUGCCAGCCCUGCUGCCUCCCCACGUGCUGCCAGACCACCUGCUGCUGAGAAUCCGGACUUCCCAGUUGCUGCCAGCCCAGCUGCUGCCAGCCCAGCUGUGGCCAGUCCAGCUGCUGCCAGCCCUGUUGCCCACCCAGGUGCUGCCUGCCAGUCUCUUUCCAAACCACUGUGUGUCGCCCAGUGAGCUGCGUGCCCAGGUGCAAUCGCCCUAUCUGUGACACCUGCUGCCGCCCUCCCUGCUGUGACCCCUGCAGUGUGCAGCAGGGCUGUUGCCGCCCCAUCUCCUGCUGCCCCACCUCCUGCACAGCUGUGGUCUGUAGACCCUGCUGCUGGGCUUCCACCUGCUGCCAACCCAUUUCUGUGCAGUCUCCCUGCUGCCGACCCCCCUGCUGCCAGCCAGCCCCCUGCCGCACCACCUGCCACUCCACCUGCUGCCCCACCUCCUGCUGAGUAUCUAUGCCUCCUUUGAGUCAACCAAGUCAGAAUGAAAAUAUUGUCUCGUGAGCUGCUAAUGUUCAUCAUUACAUUCUUCUAGUCAGGGAGUACCCAGCUUACCCAGUCCUUUUCUGUGCAUCAAAUGACAAAUUCUCAGUUCUCCAUGCACAAGGACUUGCAAUCAAUUUCUAGCAGCAAAUGGCUCAUUGGGAAUGACCUAGAUGGACUUUCCAAGUUCAUCCCAACAGGUUCUGACCUUCCUACAUUCUCAUUGGCAUUCUGAGUCUCAACAAAUCUAUUAUUUUCCAUAAGGGGUCUUCUGUAUAGUGCUGCUCAUUUGUUUUCAAUAAACAUUU